AUGGCCUCUCAAGAGUCACCGUUGGCUUCGGCGUCGGAGCAGCCCAACACAAAAAAGAGCCAAUUCGCCGGUUGGUUUGGAAAAGGGACGCCGAAGAUAUCAGCACCAGAAGCGGAAAACAAUGACUCUUAUCGUCCCAAAGCCACGCUCGGAAUAUUAAGUGACAAAGAGACCGAUGAGGUACCUGGAACGGUCCUUCUCCUCUCUUCUAAUCGCAACGAGCCGUUGGGGUUGAGGCACCAACCACAUCGUGAAUCCAGCUCCUCCAUACCUUCACCUUAUCCACCGUCGCGGGCUUCAUCCCGCUCCGUCCCACCACAGAAGAAGACCGCCAACGGUCAAAUUAUCCUGAACCCACAGCCCGAUGAUUCAGCAAACGAUCCACUGAACUGGCCUGUAUGGCGCCGAGAUGCGGCUCUGGUAUCCUUAGGCUUUUAUUGCCUGAUGGGCGGCGGCAUGACCCCGAUCCUGGCUGCCGGUUUUGAGCAAGUCGCCUCGGAUUAUGGCGUAACCACUCAGAGGGUAGCUUAUACCACGGGGUUAUACAUGCUUGGCCUUGGGGUCGGGUCUGUAGUGAUGUCCCCAACAGCUAUACUAUUUGGGAAACGCCCAGUGUAUCUCCUGGGCGCAACGCUCUUCAUCCUUUCUGCCGUCUGGUGUGCGCUGUCACCCAACUAUCCCAGUCUGGUUGUCGCCCGCAUUUUCCAGGGGAUCGCAGUAAGCCCGGUCGAGUGUCUGCCGUCCGCAACUAUUGCAGAGAUUUUCUUCUUGCAUGAACGGGCAUAUCGCGUUGGAAUCUACACGCUUCUUCUGCUAGGGGGCAAAAACCUCAUUCCUUUGGUCAGUGCAGCUAUCAUUAGCAGCCUAGGAUGGCGUUGGGUCUUCUGGGUCGUUGCCAUUGUUGUCGGCGGCUGUCUUGUCCUUCUUUUCUUUUUUGUACCGGAAACAUUCUGGGACCGCACCCCUCGACCUCAUCGACCCCGCAAACGCCCCAGCAUCUAUCGUGGAAUGUCAAACAUCAUGACCCAUGGAUUCCGAGGCCGGCACCCACAUGCCCACCGUCUGGAAGAUCCGUCGCCAGAUGAGGAGCUGGCUCCUGCCCAACCAAAGAAGGCCAAGAAGGGACACGUUGGCUUUGUUGAUGGCGCUGGUGAAGGCGAUACCCACGAUCUGGAGAAGGUACAGAAUGAAGAGCAGGAAAAUCAAAUCACCCCCGCACCUGAAGUUUCUGCAAGCCAGACAGGCCCAGAAGCAGCAUAUCCUGCUGAUUAUGAGAAAGCUGACGGUUUCCUCACUCCACCUGUUCCGGGGGCGGUAUCUCCCUCGGAGCUCGAGACGGGUCGGCGGUUUGAACUCUCUCCGGCUCGUAGUGAGUCUAUGGACCCUGCUCCGCCAGCUACUCCCGCAGCACAAUACACCAACCGACUCCGUGAGCAGCCCAGGAUUUCUUUCACGUACUACCUCCGGCCUUGGAAUGGGCGCAUUGCUCACGACAACUGGUUUCGUGUUGCCUUGCGACCGUUCAUAUUGUUUGCCUAUCCCGCAGUGCUGUGGUCCGCCACUGUAUACGCUCUUUCGGUGGGAUGGCUCAUCGUGAUUUCCGAAGCAGUCGGCUCUAUCUACGAAAAGCGAGAUUCGUACAACUUCACGGCUUUGCAGGUUGGCCUGGUGUACAUCUCGCCGUUCGUCGGUGGUCUCCUUGGAACUGCAGUAGCGGGCAAGGUUUCGGAUAUCAUUGUGAAGUACAUGACACGGCGCAAUGGAGGCAUAUACGAGCCGGAGUUUCGUCUGGUCAUGGCGCUUCCAAUUGCUCUCGCCACAACCAUUGGUCUCAUGGGAUUUGGAUGGAGUGCCGAGGAGCGCGAUAUGUGGAUUGUGCCGACCAUAUUCUUUGGUAUUGUUUCUUUUGGAUGCUGCCUUGGGAGUACGACAUCCAUUACCUUUUGUGUCGACAGCUACCGGCAGUAUGCUGGUGAAGCUCUGGUGACACUCAAUUGGAGCAAAAACGUGUUCCAUGGACUCAUAUUCUCGCUCUUCAUCGUGGACUGGUUGGAUGCAGAAGGAUCCCGGCUGGUGUUCAUUGCAUUGGGAGUGAUUCAGCUGGGUUGCUUACUGGCCACCAUCCCUAUGUAUAUCUAUGGGAAACGACUUCGCAUGUGGACUGUGAGGAAACAAUUGAUGGAGAAAUUCUAG